AUGGACCUCGCUCGGCCCUUUAUCGCCGUCGCGGGCUUGACCGACGUCGAGCCCGUGGCUCAGGGGCUCGAAUUCCACGUCUUCAAGGCACAAUCGGCUGCGUACGGCCAAGUCGCCCUCCGCGUCCCGCAGCACCGCAUCUUUCAAAACGUCAACGACCCCAGCAACGACGCCAAGGAGCUCAUCGAGCAGGAGCUCAAGAUCUACGAGCUUCUCCGCCAUGGUCCCGUGCCGGUCCCGAGGCCAAUUGCGCUUCUCGAGGCGGACGGUUACCCGGCGAUGCUGAGCGAGUAUGUCGACGACGACGGCUCUGAGGCGCCGCCGGAGGAGCUUGGCCGGCUGGCUGCGCUCAUCCACGCGACCAAGUUGCCGACUGACUGGGACGUCAAAUUGGUGGCCAUGGACGGCACGGAUGCGCUCAGUGCAGUGGUCGGCAGGAUGGUGCGGCGCUUCGAGCAGCUUGCCAGAGAGGAACCUGGCGCCAGGCAUUGGAUCCCAGCGCGGAGUGACCUGGAGCCCAUCGCCGACAGCCUCAGGUCGCUCCCCAGCUGCCUGCUGCACAUGGACCUCCGCGACGUCAACCUGCGUGUCCGCAACGGGAAAGCAGUGGCGGUGCUCGACUGGACGAAUGCCCUCAUCGGGCCAGCGGCGAUAGAUUACUUUCGCAUCAUGGAGCUCGGCCAACCGGGGGAUGCAUUCGUCGAGGCGUACUCCCGACGCGCGGACGUGCCGACGGUCACGCCAAGGCAGCAGACGUUCUUGCGCCUGGAUGCCGCUCUGAUGCUGGCGCUGGUGUUUAUAUCCGAGGCUCCUGAUCCGGAGAGACGUGGGCCCUGUGUCAGGCGAGUUGAGGAACUUGUCGCGCAGUUGAGGACCCUGAGAGAGGAUGACUCCAGCUCUUCAAUGUUCAGAUAG